GUCUCGGCCACGAGGACUUCUCCAAGCUCUUGGCAUCCAGCGAAAGCAGCGAAGGCUUGCCGGUCUCCCGGUGCAAUGCGAUGAAGGCGGGCCCUGAACGAGGAGGACCUCCGGUCAAGACGCAGAACGAGUGGCGUCUGCCUUCUUUCACGA